CAUUUGUGAAACCGAGUUUUUCGGAUUGGUUCAUGUACCUAGUAGCUUUCGCUAUCUCGAUGAAAUGCAGAAGUUGAAACCCGCUGAGAUAAGCAACUUAGUCUGAUGGUAUUGCACGCGCAUAAGACGCAAUAUUAGUGACUUCUACUAAAAACUUCAAUACACAGAGAAAGUGUCACGCUUAUGGCUCGCGUUUUAUGGUGUUCCUCUUGAAGAACCCCGUCAUUUGGACUUUGCAUGUGCUCCAGGGCAGUGAUCGGAGACAUUUCUGUGACAAUACAGGAAGCACUGUAAAAUUACACUGAGUUAACUUAACGCAUCACCAUGGCUGAUCGACAGCAGCGAGGAAAUCGUGGCCGCGGUCGCGCCCGGGGCUUUGCCGGAGCGGGUCGCGGUGGUCAGGGUCAAGGGCAAGGUCACUACCAAGCUGAGCAUGCUCCGGUACAGCAGCAUCGGCAGGAACCUUCGACGAGUCGUCCCCAGCAGCAGAGGGGUGGCGGCGGUCCAGCGGAGGCAGGCGCUGCCGGAGGUCGUGGAGCUAUGCGUGGGAACCGUUUCGUUCCGGAUGUCCUCCGUACGAGACCGGUAAACAGUACUGUCUCCAAGCAUGGCACGAAGGGCAAGCAGAUUCUGCUGCAGACGAACUACUUCAGAGUUGGACGGAAGGACAACGAGAGUAUCUUUCAGUACCGGGUGGAUUUUAAUCCGGUGGUGGAGAGUUCGAGGUUGAUGAGUGCGCUUGUGUUCAACUUGAAGCCGGUUAUUGGGGGGUAUUUGUUUGAUGGAACGCAGCUUUUUACGAGACACAGACUUCGCAGCGACGAGGUCGAGUAUCCAACGAAGGAUCCUAUUUCGGGUCAGAGUUACAUUAUAAAGUUGCGUAAGGUUGGCACCAUUGACGGAACGACGGAGAUGGCGUUCAUGAUCUUUAACUUGAUCAAUCGUAGAGCGAUGAACGGGCUGAAGUUGACUCUGAUUGGGAGGAACUAUUUUGACGGUCAGGCCAAGAUAUCCAUUCAGCAGUACGGAAUCGAUUUGUACCCGGGUUAUGUGACCAGCAUCCGACAGCACGAGCAGGAUGUGCUGAUGUGUGCAGAACUUACCCAUCGUGUUAUGCGUACGGACACGUGCUACAUGAUGUUCAAGACCUGCCUGAACCAGGGCGCCAACUGGAGGGACAACUACAAGCGCAUGGUACUGGGAACGGUCGUGAUGGCCACCUACGGCAAAAACAACACCUACACGAUCAACGACGUCGAGUUCAACACCACUCCGGAAAGCUCGUUCGAGACCAGCAAUGGAAAGAUCACCUUUUUGCAAUACUACAAAGAACGUUACAACAUAAUCAUUCGUGACCCCCGUCAACCCAUGUUGGUAUCCCGUGCGAAACUACGCGAUAUUCGUGCUGGAAAACCAGAACUCAUCUACCUGAUUCCUGAACUGGUUCGGGCAACCGGAAUCACCGAUGAAAUGCGUAGAAAUUUCAAUUUAAUGCGAACCCUGGCGGAUUACACCCGUCUCACGCCGGACAAGCGCAUUCAGCGGCUGGAAACGUUCAACCAGCGGCUGCAAAGUUGCGAGGAAAGUGCCGACGUGUUCCGGUUUUGGCAGACUGAGUUGGAUCGCAGGCUGGUUGAGGUACCGGGACGGGUGUUGGCCGAGGAGGAGAUUCUGUUCAACGCAAAUGAGACCAACAAAGUACUGGCCGGCCCGCAAGCCGACUGGCAGAUGGCGUUCCGCAACAAUCCGAUGUACAUGUCCGUACCGCUAAGGAACUGGUUCGUGGUGGUUUCCGCCGGGGAUCAGAACCUGGUUGGUUCGUUCAUGAACUGUAUUCACGAUGUCGCCAGGGGAAUGCGGUUCGAAAUUAGUAAACCUCAGUUUGAGGUCAUCCAGAACGAUUCCCCGGCGGUGUAUGUCGAUUGUUUGAAUCGCUUGGUUCAGCAAGAUCCGCAGAUGAUCUUCUGCGUGGUCAGCAACGAUAAGGCCGAUCGUUACGCGGCGAUCAAGAAGAAGACUUGCGUUGAGCGAGCGAUUCCGACGCAGGUCAUCAAGGCACGGACGAUUACCCCGAAGGGUGGCAACGUGCGAACGUUGAUGUCGGUGGCCACAAAGGUCGCGAUCCAGAUGAACUGCAAGCUAGGCGGCAUUCCGUGGGUGUUGAGAAACCCGCUGACGUCGGUCAUGGUCAUUGGGUUCGAUGUUUGUCACGACACCCGCGACAAGUCAAAGUCUUACGGUGCGAUGGUGGCCUCGAUGUACGGAGCAGGUCAGAAACAUCCCAAGUUCUUCUCGACCGUGAAUCACCACUCCAGCGGUGAGGAGCUUUCAAACUUUAUGGCUCAGAACGUCAUCAAGGCUCUGCACUCGUACAGCAAUGACUUUGGUGGAGCGCUGCCCCAGCGGAUCAUCAUCUACCGGGACGGAGUUGGCGAGGGUCAACUGAAGUACGUGUACGAGCACGAAGUCGGGGCCAUCAAGGAGAAGCUGAACAUGGCGUACAAAGACCAGGCCGCAUCCAAGUUGACAUUCUUCGUCGUGAGCAAGCGCAUCCACACUCGACUGUUCCACCAGAAGCAAAAUCCCAUCCCCGGAACCAUCGUGGACGAUAUCAUUACCCUGCCGGAAAGGAACGACUUCUUCCUGGUGUCGCAGAGCGUCCGCCAAGGCACGGUCUCCCCCACAUCGUACAACAUCUUGCGUGACGAGUCCGGCCUGAACGCGGACCAGCUGCAGCUGUACACCUUCAAGCAGACCCACCUGUACUACAACUGGUCCGGUUCGGUGGGGGUUCCGGCCGUGUGCCAGUACGCCCACAAGCUGGCCUUUCUGGCCGGGCAGUAUUUGCACCAAGCGCCGCACAAUAUGCUCGAGAAGAAGCUGUACUACUUGUGAUUGGUGCAGCAAAGACGGUUUUCCUUGGGCCUUACAAGGGGAGUAUUAUAAGAAACGUUAUAGUACUCGUUUUGUCAAGGGGUGUGGAUUGAUCCGUUAUGGAAAUAGAAUCGAGGGUUUGAUUGUAUUAUUCAUAAUAUUGUUCAAACUUCCAUUUUAUUUACAGAAUGGAUAUCGUUCCAUACUGAAGAGAAUCCGCUUUGACGUAGCACCAAGGCUUAAUCGAACUAAGAGGUUCUCUGAUAGUGUCCUCUUUUUUUUAUUCGUGGAAUUUCGUAAUUCAGCAACUUUAAUUCAGAUUUUUACUAAAAAAAAAACUAAUGAGCAACUCUCUACGAAAUCGGCCGAUUUCGACCAUUUUUAUUUUUUGUAUUUUUUUAUUUGACUUAAAAUUUGUGGGGGCCAAAUAAGCUAGUUUGCUUCAUUGGUUCACCCAUACAAGUCUCCAUACAAUUUUGGCUGCUGUCCAUACAAAAAUUGUAUGUAAAUAUUCAAACAGCUGUAACUUUCGAGUGAAUUUUUCUGAUCAAUUCUGGUGUCUUCGGCAAAGUUGUAGGUAUUGUUGAGGACUUUUGGGGAAAAAAAUAGGUACACGGAAAAAAAAUUGCAGAUUUUUUAAUCAACUUUUUUUUUACUAAAACUCAAUUUCCCCAAAAUACGUAUUUUUUGAUUUUCGAGAUUUUUUGAUAUGUUUUAGGGGACAAAAAUCCGCAACUUUUGAGCCAUAGAGAAACAUGGUCAAAAAAUCUGCCACCGAGUUAUGAAUUUUUGAAAAAAUAGUGAUUUUUGGAAAAAAUCGAAGUUUCAUGCAAAAACAAGUUUGACAUUAUUUUUCAAUGCAAAAUUGAAUUUGCAAUUGAAAUUUGAGCCACUUUGCGGAUUUUUGUCCCCUAAAACAUAUCAAAAAAUCUCGAAAAUAAAAAAAAAGUAUUUUGGGAAAUUUAGUUUUAGUAAAAAAAAAAGUUGUUUAAAAAAUCCGCAAAAAAAAAUACCUAUUUUUUUCUCAAAAGUCUUCAACAAUACCUACAACUUUGCCGAAGACACCAAAGUGAUCAGAAAAUUCACUCAAAAGUUACAGCUGUUUGAAUAUUUACAUACCAUUUUUGUAUGGGCAGCAGCCAAAAUUGUAUGGAGACUUGUAUGGAUGAACCAAUCACACAAAAUAGUUUAUUUGGUCAUAGGGAAGGCCCCCACAAAGUUUGAGCCUAUUCAAAAAAUACAUUAAAAUCCAUUUCCAAUUUGGUAGAGAAUUGCUCUAAUAUUCAAUAAUAAAAAAUAAAAACAAAAAACAUUUAUGCGUAACAUAUUGGUAAAAUCGUUUCAAAAUAAAUCAUUCUCUAUCUUCAUUA